AUGUUUAUUCAGUUUCGAGGUCCCCUUAUUUUGGGAUAUCCUUGCUUUUCCUCCGGACCCCUUCGAGUCUUAUCUUCGUUCCCUUCCUCCCACGCCUCGCGAGGCGAGGGGCUGCGAGGUCAGAAGGCAGAGACGAGUGCCGCGCUUAAGUUCUCCUGGGACACGAAGUCCCUCGGCAUUGUCCUGGGCUUUGAGAUCAAGCAGGCGGGGCUUCCGUGUUUGCGUUCAGGCUCCACGAUCGGCGGGCCCUGGGCGCGUCCCUUCGGGCUUGGUUUGGUGGAAGCCCUGCCCUACGACCUACUGGGAGUGAAGAGCCUGCCCGAGCCGAGGUCAGGACGCCACCUGGCGGCCGAAGCCCGUGUCCCGCAGCCCAGGUGUGCCUACAAAUAG